AUGGGAAACGAAGCUUCGACGCCGAUUCCGUACAAUGUACAGGCCGAAUGGCGCAAGCUGGUGAGCGGAUCGCCCGCAGUGCCUGCUGGACGCGAGGGCCAGGUAGCGGCCUCGUGGGAAAACAAAUUGUACAUCUUUGGAGGGGGCUCGAGCGGCGGAACCCAACGGGCCGACAUGUGGACCUUCGACCUGGACUCGUCUGAGUGGAAGGAGGUCACCACGAGCGGCAAUGCCCCCUCCGCACGCACGGGCGCCUGCGCUGCGGUUGUCGAUGGCCACAUGUUCGUCUUUGGCGGCAUGGACAUGGAGCGAGGCUUCCUCGACGACUUCUACUGCUUCAACAUCGCCGAGGGGACGUGGGAGCAGGUGCAAGGCUCCGGAGAGGGACCCACGCCGAGGGACAAGAGCGCGCUCUAUUUCUUUGGCGGAUUCGGACCGGUCGAGGCCGAAGUGGAAAUGCCCGAUCGCGAUGAAGCGUCGACGAACGCGGGCGAGGACGGCGCCGAUGACGAGGGUGAGGAGGAUGAGUACGAGGACGAAGGACCCGCCAUGAGCUUCAACUGGUUCGACGAUCUGUUUGUCUACGACACGGAAUCGAAGGCCUGGCAGCAAGUACAGGCCAGCGGUGACAUUCCUUCGCCUCGCGCUGCAUUCGGGAUGGACGUCGUGGGUGGCUCCAUCUACGUUUUCGGCGGCAGAGACACCACCAAGAGGCAGAACGAUCUCUACGUGCUUGAUACCACGACCAACACUUGGACCAAGCCUUCGGUGUCUGGCGCGGUACCUGCGGAGCGUUCCUUCCACAGCUUCACAUCGCUCGCGCCGGCCGGCAAGCAGCAGCUGGUGCUCUUUGGCGGGCUCUCCUCCACCAACGCCCUGCUCGACGAUGUUCACGUCUUCGAUAUCGCUACGUCCGCUUGGGUGCAGCCGACCAUCGCUGCCAACGACAGCAGGAUCAACGCGCGCCGCUUCCAUUCGGCCGUGCUUCACAACAGGUCGUUGGUGGUGUUCGGCGGGUCGAGCAAUUUCAGUCCCGACACGCAGGAGUGCCUCACCUUCCACAGUGACACAUUCGCGCUCGAUCUCGGCCCCGUCUUGGAAGCGGCGCCGGUCACCAUUCCGCCGCCGGCAACAGCUGCCGCCAGCACCUCUUCUUCGUCUUCUUCCUCCUCCUCCGCGGCCCCGUCUGUGAGCUUCAUAUCUUCGUCGGCUUCGACAGAAGGAGGAGCUGCCGGUGACGCCACGAGAGGGAAGAAGAGAAAGAGCGACGAGAUCGAAAAGGGCGAGAAGAACGAGGAACCAGAAGGCCACGGCGGAGAAAAGGAAGCAGAGGAAGAGAAGAAGAGGGAGUGA